AUGUCCGCUUCACCUUCCAACCUGCAAUCGGCCAAGCGACCUCUCGAGGACCCGUCGUCGCCUUCCGGUCCUAACGACCAGCCCGAGGCCAAGCGCCCAGCGCUGGACAAAGUAGUCAAGAGCGACGAUGCAGAGGCCGAGGCGGAUGUAUCCAGCAACCAAGUUCCGAAUACUGAAGGCGCCAAGGAUACCCAGGGAGACACUGUGGUUCCCGAUGCCCCCAAUGGCAAGGGUCUCCCUGCCGACACCCAACCCAUCCAAUCAACAGCUUCCCAGGCCGACCGAACAGCCUCUGAUCAGGCCCCCCAGGACGAGUCGAGUUGGGUUCACAUUCGCGCUGUGAUUUCUAGCCCCGAGGCAGCAACAGUCAUCGGAAAGGGAGGUGAGAACGUGUCUCAGAUUCGUCAUCUUUCUGGUGCAAAGUGCACUGUCAGUGAUUAUUCUCGGGGCGCCGUCGAGCGUAUCCUAACCGUUAGCGGGCCUCAGGAUGCUGCUGCCAAGGCAUUUGGUCUAAUCAUUCGUACCCUUAACACUGAACCCCUCGAGGCCCCUUCCACUGCCCAGUCCAAGACGUACCCUCUGCGUUUGCUAAUUCCCCACAUCCUGAUUGGUUCCAUCAUCGGAAAGGGUGGCAGUCGCAUUCGUGAAAUCCAGGAGGCCUCCGGUGCUCGCCUGAAUGCUUCCGAUGCAUGCCUUCCUCUGUCCACAGAGCGCUCCCUCGUCAUCCUUGGUGUCGCAGAUGCCGUUCACAUUGCCACCUAUUACGUUGCUUCCACCUUGGUUGAGCAGCUGUCCGAGCGUUACGGCGGUCCCGCGGCCUCGGCCUACGCUACUCGCAGCGGCGGUCCUGCAGGUGCUGUCCCUGGCGGCAUGCAGGUCGUCCCCUACGUUCCCCAGCCUGCCGGCGGUCAAUACGGCCAUCCCGAUACUUUCAAGCGUCACCACCCCCACCCCAACCGCGCCGGUGGCGGUGCGUACGGUGUUCCCUACCUUCACGGCCAACCUGCUCCUGCUCCUGUUCCCCAGACUCCCAUGCACUUCGCCCCCGCACCCCAAGCUCCCUACGGUGGCGCAGGACCCCAUCAACCCGCUCCCUAUGUUGGCGCUCCUCAGCAGCCCACCCCUGGACGUGGUCCCCCAACUGCCCCUGCUCCUGUAGGCGGCGCCAUGCCUGGCCAGCCACUGACUCAACAGAUUUAUAUUCCCAACGACAUGGUCGGUGCCAUCAUCGGAAAGGGUGGUGCUAAGAUUAACGAAAUACGUCACCUGAGUGGCAGCGUCAUCAAGAUCAACGAACCCCAAGAGAGCAGCAACGAACGUCUCGUCACUAUCACUGGUACCGCGGAGUGUAAUCAAAUGGCCCUGUAUAUGCUCUAUUCCCGACUUGAAAGCGAGAAGCACCGGAUCUAA